AGUUAGAGGAGGAGCGAAGUUAGGGGAGAGGGGCUAAACAGAAACAGACUGCUGUUUGUGGACUACUGCCUGACAUGGGAGGUCUGUAGAACAUCUGAGAGGAGGUCUGAACUUGAGCUCUAUUUUACUACGAAACCUCCAGGGGCAAAAGCAGAGAAGAAAGAGGAAAUGAAGGACCUGUCAGUAGAAGUCGGGGUCUCUCAGCGGAAGGGAGAUAAACUAACUCGACCCAAAGUCUGGCUAAAGAACAAACUUGUUCGAGUGGGACUUGCUGAAUGUCUUUGCACGUAUGUCAUGAUGGCGUUCGGCCUGGGGUCUGUGGCCCAGGUAGUGACAGGACAGGGAGCGUUCGGAGGGUACCUCAGCAUCAACCUGGGUUUUGCACUGGGUGUCACUAUGGGGGCGCAUGUCGGAGGGACAGUCUCAGGGGCACAUAUGAACGCUGCGGUGUCGUUCACAAUGUGCACGUAUGGUCGCCUUGCAUGGAGGAUGUUGCCUGUGUAUGUUUUUGCACAGCUGUUGGGAUCAUUUCUGGCAGCAGGGACAAUUUAUGCCGUCUAUUAUGAUGCUAUAUUUGAGUAUUCUGGAGGAAACCUGACAGUGACUGGUGAAAGGGCCACUGCUGGUAUCUUUGCCACCUAUCCAGCACCAUACCUCUCUGUGAUGUCUGGAUUCAUUGACCAGGUGUUUGGCACGGCCAUGCUGCUGCUGUGCCUGCUGGCUCUGUUCGACCAGAGGAACAAGCCGGCCCCAGCCGGUGGCGAGCCUGCCGCGGUGGGACUCCUGGUGCUGCUCAUCGGCAUUUCCCUGGGCAGCAACAGCGGCUACGCCAUCAACCCCAACAGAGACAUCGCACCCAGGGUCUUCAGUGCCAUAGCCGGCUGGGGAACUGAUGUGUUCAGGGCUGGAAAUGGGUGGUGGUGGGUGCCGCUAGUUGCUCCCCCCAUUGGAGGGGUGCUGGGUGCAGGGAUCUACAAGGCUUUGGUGGAAUUGCACCACCCACACGUGGAUGAACUGGGUGAGGGGUUGCUGGAUGAGUUAAAGGAGGACUCUGUUCAUAAAUUCAAUAGUGAAAAUACAAUUUUGUAAGAAACUCAGUUAUGUUAAAGGCAUGUGUAGCAUAGCUGUGUGGAUAUCUGUAAAUAAGAGAAAUGUUCAAUUUUAAAAAAAGAGACCAAAAACAAAAUGCUUUGUCAAAAGACGGCACAAAUUUAUAUUGAAUAUAUCAAGCAAUUUUAAAAUUCAGUCAGUUUUAUGAAAUUACAUUUAUCAUAACCAGAUAAUGUAAAAAAUCGACAGUGGUACAUGGAACACAGUAUAGGAAUGUGUGAAACAUGACACUGAUAUCAACUAUGUUUUGCUCCUAAGAAACUACAUUUCAUGCAGGUAAGAAGAAACAAGAACUCAUUCACCAGCUCAUAUUUAAUGCAUAUAUUAUUGAGGUUAUAGCAGCAUAUAUAACCUUGGUAUCAUCCAUUUCAGCAAAUCAGCAGGAGACCACUUACACGAGCUUGGGAAUUACAGUGUAUGUGAAGAAAAACAUACAAGCCCUAAUACAUUGCACAUCAAGUAAAAUAAAAUAGGAACGGUAGCUUCCAAUGUAACAUGUUCUUCUUUGCAACAAUCCAACACUCAGCAGCCUCAAGGCAAAAUGUGUGUAUCAUUUAGUGAGAGGCUUACAUCUAACCCCCAUAUUUGAUUUGCUGCAAUAUAUGAAAUUAUAUUUUCACUUUUAGUGAUAUCAUCUAUGUUAAGAUCGACAGGCCUAAACUCAAACACAUUUCUUUAAUUGAAUUUUACAUGAUUAUAACACAGUAUGAGUGAGGCACUAGAGAGAUAUAGUGAAUACAGUGGAAAAAGUCCAAGAUGACUAAUGUUUUGUUUGAUGGUUUGUUUCCACACAUUGUGUGGCAACAAACCACACAUUAAUUGUGUAACGUUAAGAGUCCACAGAUGCUCUGAAUUGUGGGUCAAUGUCUGCAGGCAAAAAGCACUUUUAUCGUCCAACUGAAAACAGCAGUAUUAUUAUUGUCUUGCUCUUUCAAUUUCGCAUUCACAGAGAUUUUCAUGAGCAAUUCUUUUCAAACUUCUUUCAUAAAUGUAUAUAUAUAUAUAUAUAUAUUAUAUAUAGUAUGUUAUUGCUGUGUUUGACAUUCAAAUUGAAAUAUUUACAACAGCAAACCAAAUCUAAGGGAUAAAUACGUAUAAUUAUAAAGUAACAUAGUGCCCUUAUUGAGUAUUAUUUGUCCUAUAGUAGUUAUAGCAGUGAUACAAUUUGUUGCUACCUUUCAGUAUUACUAUGUCAGCAGCACAUGAUCAAACUUCUUGACUUGGCUGAUGAGUUGUUUUGACCAGCAGGUGUCCCCAGCGAACACUGAGUUAAAUGAGUGUGCAGAUAAUAUAUCUGUCUCAUUGGAGACAAGCCUCAUUUCUCCAUCACUAUCAUAGAGCAAUGAAAUUUAAAAAACUACACUUGAAUUAUUUGGAUUUUUCAAGUCUAUUUAGACGUAAGGCAGGUAUUCUUUAAUCACCUACACAUAAAUAAGGUUAGAAUAACUGUUUACAUGCCUCACUGCCUCCAACAGCCGGUACCACUUCAGCCAUGUGUAGAGGCAGGAGAACCCUGGUUCGUCUGUCCAGACGUUCAGGAGUCCAAGAUGAAGGAAUCACUGAGUGCUUUUUUAAGCCAUGUUGACCGUACACAAAGGAUUACAAUGUUUUCCUUGAUUGGGAACCUUCUCACCGCUUUGUCCCACUUAGUCUCCCUGUGCUCCCUUGGCUCUUGGCAGCGUUGCCUGAGCUGCACUGCGAUGGCGGUUUCUUCUUGGGUGCCGGCGCCUUGGCUUUGCCUUUGAAGGCCUUGGUCGGAUCCAGUUUGUUGAGAUAAGAAUCUCCCGCAGCAUCAGCCAUGCUGUGCUCACUGCUGAAGGUCAGCGGCUGGUACAGUGAGGCCCACUGCUGCAAAGGGACAGCACAUAGACAGGGUGUCACUUAUCUAGUCAUGUGGAGAAAAAAAGUCAAAGUAAUAGCUUAUAAAAUAACCAUUAGGAACUGGAGGUAACAAUAGGAACACAAGAGACACAUCGCAAAGGUCACACUACCUACGUUACUCUAUGUUGUGUAGUUUACAACCUCAGGAACUUUUGGGAUUCAAUGCAUAUAGGACUUGAAGAGACUUGAACAAUCUGAUGUUUAGAAGAGAUUAACUAUUAUGUAAUCAUGUUAAAAUGUUAGUUCAGUCAAUGUUGUUAUAUUAUAAUAUAUAUUAUACCGGAAAGGGAAAAACUCAAUAAAAUGUAUUUUAUACACCUACAA